AAACGGCUGCACUGCCGCGAUGCAAGCCGUGCUUCUCUGUUCCCUGCCGAACCUGGCUGGCCCCGCCCACCGGAGUAGGAAGCCCGGAACACCGAAAGUCGACGCUGGCCGCAAGAUCAGCUGGCCGCUCAAAGCCAGCGUUCGUCGCUACCUGCUCGGCCGAAGGACAGCGGCGACCACCACGAGUGACGACACCGCUCCGACCGCCCAGACGAAAGCACCGAGCCUGACGCAGAAUCGGCGUCGCUGACCGUUUCAUGCAGAUCGUCGUCGGGCGACUGGUAGCGAGAAAAGCGAAGGCUUCGCAAGCCGCCUACGGCGCAUCCUGACCGAGCAGCGCCGAAUCCGGGAGUCGUCCUGCUAAGACACAGCAGCCAAGAUGACUGUUCGCACGGCAAUGAUGGAUGUGUGGCUAGAUAAAGGCGCCGUGGAAAGCCCAAAGCGAAGAUCAACUGCUGUGAAAUCUGUGGAGGACGUGCUGUCCACUUUGGGCCUGACACGGAAGCACGAGCUGGACACGGCUGGAUCGCACAUUUACCUCUACACAGCCGAGUCGGCGGGAUUGUCUUGCCUCAUCACGGUUUAUUCUAACGGAUUCGUAACAGUGACCAUCGAAGACGCGAAUCCCGAUUCUCCUCUCACCAACCAGGUCAUGGAAGAGCUCAAACUGAAAAUAAAAGAGAGCAUCAAAACUCGUAUAGAAAGGUCGGAACUGUGUUCACAUCAAUGCGAGGCCAGGCCAAUCCCGCUCAUCAAGCGAGGUACCCCUGUGCCAAACUACUACACGACCUCGGACGAGAGAAUUCUCGAGUACGACUUUGACAAGAUUGUGUUUGAGGAGAAAUCCAAGUACCAGCACGUCAAGAUCCUGCACUCGCCGACGCUGGGCAACUGCCUCCUCUUGGACGAUCUUCAGAAUCUUGCCGAAAAGGACAUCAACUACACUCACGGCCUGAUGAAAUAUCCCAGCGUCAGCUACGCGGACAAAGAGGUGCUCAUACUAGGAGGUGGCGAUGGAGGCCUCCUAUGUGAAUUGCUCAAAGAAAAACCCAAAUACGUCAUCAUGGUGGAUAUUGACGAAAUGGUGAUCAACGCCUGUCGCCAGCAUCUUAGGGGAGCUUGCGGCGACGUUCUCGACACACUGAAGGGACCCAAUUACGAGAUAAUUAUAGAUGACUGCGUAAAGAAAAUGAAGGAAUACAUUACUGAAGGGCGGCAGUUUGAUGUAGUGUUCAAUGACCUCACAGACAUUCCGAUCAGCACGGAACCACAAGGCGAGCACUGGGACUUCAUUAAGAAGAUUGUUACAAUGGGACUUGCUGUGCUUAGAGUCAAUGGACUUUUCCUCAAUCAUGCCAUAGGGGUCAGCUGUCCGUCGGCUCUCGAGACUUAUGAAGAACUCCUGAAAGAACUGCCGUUCAAGCUCACAUUUUCAAAGCACACUGCUCAUGUGCCAUCAUUCAUGGAAGACUGGGUGUUCUACAAGAUCACAAAGUUGGAAUGAUAUUCGGGUGCCACUAGCAGCGCACGACACCUGUUACCACUUGUGGAUCACUCUCUGCUCUUCCCAGAAGUCUCGGCCGCCGUCCGCUUCGGCUGCGUGGUGGAGUUCCCGCACACACAGCCUGCCACUUGUGGGGCCCACCGAAUUACUACUCGUCCUUUUCUUCCUCUUCAACUAGUACUACCAUUACUACUGCUGUUACUACCAUUUCUCAUCCUUUGCUUUACUGCUCCUCUUCCGCUUCCCACUUCAUCGUCGUCGUACCGUGACGUCAUUGCUCGCGUAACGGCAGGUUUCUUCCUAGCUGUAAGAAAUGGGUGUGCUCUAGGCGGCUCAAUGCUUUUUUCCUCACGUACGCGCGCUAAACCAAGUAUAGAUACGCUACCCACGUUUCAGCUAUCGAAUAAAAGAAAAGUUGCUCCACGG